AUGCCCAAAACAGCAUUGCAUAGGCUAAGGCAACAAGGCAGGUUGAGAACACACACAAGCACAAAUCAUCCAGCAUUGACAGAGAAACACAAAGUGGCAAGAAUUAAAUGGGUUUUAAGUCUAAUAAAUCAUGUUCCAGCAAUUGGGGACCCAACAUUUACUGAUAUGCAGCAAUGGAUACAUUUAGAUGAGAAAUGGUUCUACAUCAAUCCAGAAACAAGAACCUUCUACCUACUUCCAACAGAAGAUGAUCCUUACAGGGCUCAACAAUCAAGGAGGUUCAAAAUCAAAGCAAUGUUUAUGGGAAUGAUAGGUAAACCAUUGUUUGAUGCUGAAAACAACAUGAUACAUGAUGGAAAAUAUGGCCCUUUUCCUUUUGUAAAGUAUGAAAGAGCCAAAAAGAAAAGCAAGAACAGAGAUGCAGGGACUCUAGAGACAAAGUUACCAAAGGACAUAAUCAUCCAAUGGGAUAAUGCUAGGCCUCAUCAGGUACCAAAGGAUGAAGGAUUUCAAGCAGCUUGUCAUGCAUAUGGAUUCAACAUUCAAUUCAUAUUCCAACCAGCUCAGUCACAAGAAACAAAUGUUUUAGAUUUAGGGAAUCCAGAUGACUUAAUCAAGGAAGUGGCAAGAGCAUUUCAAGAAUUUGAUCCUACACUAAACAAGUACACAUGGAUCACACUUCAAUCCUGCCUUAUUAAGAUUCUGGAAAAGCAAGGGGGUAAUAACUUCUCUCCCCCACACAUGAAGAAGAGAAGCUUGGACAGCCAAGGACUACUACCUCAACUACUUGAAGUAGACAGGGAGCUAAUAGGUCAAGUUGUCCAUUUUUUGGACAUAGUCACAAUUACAGGAGAUGAUGAAGGGCACAUGGAAGUAGAUGCAGACUGA